GGCUGACAGAUAUCUGGAUAGAUUUAGUCAGACCAUCGUGAUUUUUGAUCUGAAUAUCCGGGGAUAUUAAAACUUGCUUGCCAGGAAUGCGCCGAGUUUCCCCUGGAGCAACAGUUGCGGUGAAAGCACGAGACGCACUAGACUGUUUUGGGACUGACGUGCUAGUCUAGACUAAGAAUGAUUGUUAUUAUUAUCGUCACCCUUGCCUCUCCAAUAUUUAUCUAUCCCCUCAAUCUAUACUAAUUUUUUCCCCUCUGCUUAUCGGUAUUGGGACCCUCGCAUCGUACCGCAGACUACUCACGCCGCUGAGGUCGCUCUAUCUGCUGGCCGAGUGCCACCAUGCUUGCAGAUCCUCGUGGAGUGUCGCAAUGUCAUAAGUCGCCCUCCUCUUUUCCGCCCCUCAAGUCCCGCAACUAUGACCUCCGAUAAACAAAACAAUGGCCCUCUCGCCAAACCUUUCACGCCAACGCUCAGUGCUGCUUUCAAUCGAACCAGCAAAUCUCCCUUGACGCCCAAGCUCGCUAAUCCCGGUGGUUAUCGCACUCCCAAGAGACUUGCCCCCUCCGAACACCCCUCCUCGACUCCCGAUGCCGAGACCGCCUCCUUCCUCAGUGCGAACAUAACCCCUCGAUCAGGUUCACGCAAUAGCAGACGUGAUGGAUUUCCGUCCCCGAGCAAUGCACCGUCCAGCGUACAGUCAUCGCCGCAAGUACAGUAUUCGCAUGCAGGUGUCGCCCAUGUUGCGAGCUCAGGGGGAUGCAGAACGGAGCGGAGUCCCGCCCGCUCGAACGGGAAGUUGGAACCGUCCAGAGGGAAUCGAGCAAAGACCCUGACGACAGAACGUCCAAAUACUCCACGGCCGAAUUCUUAUUCCGACUCUUCCACUUCACGAAUGUUUUUUCAUGCCUAUGAUGCGCGGUCUCCGAGUUCUUCCGAGGUGGACAUCCGAUCCAAACAACUAAGCAAACCAUCCUCGCCUGCUACGUUUGUAUAUGCCAACGGAGAGCACGAGGAGCAGACUCAAGGCGAGGAGGCAAAUAUCGCGGCUCCGACGGUCAAGCGGCGAUCGAUAGGCUCGUCUCGUCCUGCGUUGGCACCAAAAGCUCUCCCAGCUGCUUCGCCCCGGUUACGGCCAGCUAAGCUCGCUGACUCCGCGGCGAGACUUUCGGACGCUACUUCACAAGUCAGCUCACAGCGUGAUGACAUUUCCGAGGUUAGCUCCCAAGCUCAUAGCUCAUUCUCGGGCGCUUUCCCCGCAAGACCACCUAUUCCGGCCGUCAGGCACAUCAAAUCAUCAAGUCUCGAUUCUGCCAGCAGCGGUGUCCAUCCCAAAGAGGGCCUGAAGCCAAGCCCGAUUAUCGUAUCAACGGUCGAAUCGCCGGUAGAAGCAGAAUGUGCUGCAUCCGAGUCGAUGCCGGGGCUCAGGCCUCGAAUUCUCAGCAGUGGAUCUACGACUUCGGUGGACACACAUCUUUCAUCCGCUGCACAGAGUCCGGUGAAGUCGGAUACCGGACAGGCAAACAACGACGUCGUUCUCAAUGCGCGAAUUGAGAGGAAGAUCCUUGACUUGGAGAUCAGCAACUCAUCUUUACUUGCGAUCAAUCGUACCCUAGAGCGUGAGAUGCGCAAGCAGAAUGCAGAGUUGCGAAGAUAUCGCCGUCUGAGUCGCUCCGGCCGUUUGUCCGUGGCGCCAUCUACACGAUCCUUCUCCGGAACUUCGUUAGGGAUAACUAACGAAUUGGACGAGGAAGCAAGCGAAAUCUCGUCUAUUCGCUCUCCGGAGGAACUAUCGGAUUAUAGUGAUGAGGAUUCCACCAUGGACGAGGGUGUUGUCAGCCCCGAUUCGCUUGCCGAUCACGAUGCGAGACAUCGGGUCAAAGAUGAGAAGCGGUUCUUCAUCGACCUUGCGAAGCAUCAGGAAUUGCUGGCUGACAGUCAGAAAAUAAAUCAGAGCCUCAAACGAUGUCUCGGGUGGACAGAGGAGCUAAUAAAAGAAGGCAAGAAGGCUCUCGAAUAUAGCGUGCAUGUCAACGACGUACAGCUUGGCGGACGAGUCCUCUCACCGGACGAGCUUCAUGAGGAGGCAGAAAGAGCCCGUGCACUGUUGAGUCCUGUUGCUGAGCCUCCUGAUCCUUUGUCGGCAUCUCAGGAGUUGGAAUCUCUAAUGGAGAUGCUCGACAAUGAGGGCUACUGAGCAUGGUUUCCUCAUUGUACAACAUACUUGACGGGCAGGCCCGUUCGUUCUCUUCCCGUUGUUCGGUCACUUUGGAGCUCCUUUUUUGUUCACACUUAUAUUCUAUCCGAUUCCCAUAUCUACUGCAUUUCUGGCGUACUAAGGUCAUUUCCUAUUCUUUAUCACGGCGCUGGCUGCUUUGGCCCUUCGGCCGCCUCGGCCUUCUACUUUCAUCAUUAACUUUUCUUUUUCUUAAGCGAAGAUACAUGGUCACGCUGUUUACCUGCUGCCUGCACUCUCCGGUAUAUUGUUAGAUACCCGAUGCGCGAUAUGUUUGUUGUCUCUUGGAUAUGUCCACUGAUGGAGCAUAUUGUG